GAUGAGUCCAGGGUAAAGCCAGGAGAUUCUGGUAUGUUCAAACAUUAUCAGGCGGUGGUGAAGAGAGUCAUGGCUGAAUUGGACGACGACAAGUUGGAGAAGGCGAAAGAAACAGUGGAAGAGUGGUCCAACAACUGUCCGCCUCUGGAGAUACAAGCACAAGUCACUCGUAAGAAGGGUCCGGCAUAUAUGGAGCACUUUUCGAAUGAGAUGUGGAGGCAAUGUGGGAUGAGAGUUUUUGUGAUGUCAGCUUGGAAGAAUGAAAAGGGAGAGGUG